CGAGACCAUGUCCUCAGUGCCUACGUAUGUGCGUGCAGAGUUUAAUUCUAGGUGUCCGUGUCGUUCGAGACAAUUGGCUUUGUCGUUCGUUGCAUUAAAUACCAGGUAGAGUAUCUGCUAACGUUAGCAUGUAGCUAAAUGAGCUGCUGCGAACAAUGUCGGUCGCCAUCAGAAACAGGACCUCUCUCCCUCCCUACUUCGCGGUAUAACUCAGUGUUGUAGAGCUGGGACGUUUCUGCGGUUUUACAGGCCACUAGGUUCUGGUUUGGACAGUUUCAUUAUCUAUGGAUCCCGUUAUGGACUCAAUGGAAAAUAAUAAUAAUGUCGCUGCUGAAGAUCACAAUUCAGGUACACCUGGUCUAGGAACAGCAAGGCGGGUCAGAAGAGGCGGAGUCCAGUGUUAGGCCGACUUUGUCACAGGUUAGAAAGUCCUGGGGGUUCAGACGGACCACCAUAGCCAGAAGGGAAUUCAUGGAAGAAGUUGGAGAGCUGAGCCACAGCCCCCCGCUCGUUCGAAGGGGCAGAAGUCGUAGAGCCAACCAGAAAUCGCAGACCACAGCUGAGACACGGCCCACGCAGAGAGCAGCUCGUACUGCUCGGAGUGUUUUAGACGACCUCCAGUGGUCUGCCCCGUCUUCGCCCGUCUCAGACAGCGGCAAGACAGCAUCAGAGGCUUCUGCGGGAGGGAACCUUGAUCCCAGCUUAUGGCAGGAUUUUGGGUCUGCGUUUCACACUGCCUUCUCACUGCUUGGGGGGGAGGACAGUCUGCCUAUGACGAUGUCAGAUGCGCUGCCAACCACUGAUGCCACCGAGGCUCCUAAUCCACCAGUUGUGGAAGAAACUGAGGAACCUUAUGACAUAGAUGACGUGGAGAUUACACAGCCGGCUGCUGUUGACAGUGUGACAGAAGGGGAUGGAAGUGAUGUGAUUUUGAUCUCUAGUCAAGAGGAAGACAGUGAUAACAUGACACUCUUACAGAUCAAGGAGCAUCUUGCUUCUAGUGGCAGAGGGGCACGAGGGGGGAAAGGUGGAAGAGGAAAGGCCAGAGGAAGGGGGAGAGGCAGAGGAAGAAGUAGGGGAAAGAGUAAAGGUCGAGGCAGAGGAAGGGGGAGAGUAGAGGACCUUCAGUCAAGCCCUGCAGGAGAUGAAGACGUAGAGGAAGUGGUGCUUGUUAAUCCCUCUGAGCAGCAGCAUGUACAAGAAGAAGAAAACGAGUUAAGCAGCCUUCCUGUAAUAGAAAAAUCACACGUUCACGUGGAUGUUGCUUUGAGUCCUCCUCAGCAAUCAAGCUCCGACUGUUUAAUUCUGGACAGUGACUCCGACCAUAUUACUAAUGAAGCCCCUUCUCAGUUUGAUGACGCACCAGAGGAGGGAAAAGAACAUGUUAAGAUUAUUGGAGACAAUUCAAGCAUAUCAGACUCUGAGGGAUAUGACUCCAAUGCUCUGCACUGUAUCUGCAGACAGAAACACGAUAAGAGGUUCAUGAUCUGCUGUGACAGUUGCCAGGUGUGGUUCCAUGGUGACUGUGUCGGUAUCAGUGCGACACAGGGCCGUGACAUAGAGAGGAAAGGCCAAGAUUACAUCUGCCCCCCUUGCACCACAAAGAAACAGAGCCAGAUAGAGUCUGAGCUCCAUCCACAGCCAGUUCCUGAGGUUGGCUUUCCUGAAUGCUUAACACUAGGUUCUCCUUGUGAAGAAAGGGUGGGGCAAGAGGAGCAGCAAGCCCCCAAGUAUACUGUAGUGGAAGAGGAGGAGAAGGCGAAUGAGGAGGAGGAGGUGAAGGAUGAGCAGACUCCUGUGACAAAGCCAGAAACUAAACCCGAAGCAGAGAUGGAGACGGGCUGCUCUCUUCCCCUGUGCAUUGGGCCUGGCUGCUCCAAACAAGCGCUGCCAGAUUCAGUUUACUGUGGCACUGACUGCAUCCUUCAGCACGCUGCCGUCACAAUGAAGACACUCUCUGGCCCUAAGGUGCCCAAACCAAGAGGACGCACACAGAGAAAAGCUGCCACAGGCACACCCACUGCAAAGGCUCAGAGGUCAGGCCGUAUGUCUAAGAGGUUGGCAGGAAAGGUGGAGGAGGAAGGUGAAGAAGAGGAGAGGAUUGAGGAUGAUGGAGAAAAGGAGGCGGCCGCAUCUCCUGUAGCCUGCGGGCCCAGUCUCACUGAAGCGCAGACCACUUCCAUACCAUCAUCUAAAAUUUGCACAGCGUUUAAUAAGGACGGUAUAACUCUAGAGGCUGAAAGUGAGGUUGCAUCACCUUCAAACCAAUGUCAAGAAGGCCCAUCAACAGAUUCAUCUGUCCUUCCCCUGCCUGCAGCUGAGGCAGCUCCACCACAACGCUGCGCUCAAGAAAAAGUUAAGGAGCCAGUAAAUGGGGGUGUCUCAAAGCAGAAAUCUGCACAAUCAGAUCUCCCAAUACCACCCACCACAGCAAAAUCUAGUGUGUCUACAGACACAUUUCCAACCGCCUCAUCUCUCAGACAUCAUGAGACUGGGGCCCUUAUGGUCACUAAGACCAGCUACGUCAUACCAAAGAAGCAGUCUGGAUCUCAGUCUCCAUCCAGCCACGUGUCAGCCUCGGCAUCAUGCCAGAAGCCUCUUUCAGCCCCCACGCUGCUGAAUGAAACCCGAAAUCUUCCUGUGUCACCUGCACCCAGUGCGCCCUCUUCCAGGCCUUCUCAGCCCAAUAACCAGGUCAGACAGAGCAUCCAGCGCUCCCUCACCGGCAUCCUGUUCAAAAGGGUGUGUGAUUGUGAGGAUUUGGAGAUGACAGAGAGCGAGGCUGCAAAGCUUGUUGCAAGUAUUGAGAUGGAAAUGUUCGACAUUUUCCGCAAUACAGACAGCAAAUACAUGAACAAGUACAGAACUAUAAUGUUCAACCUCAAAGACCCAAGAAACAAGGGUUUGUUGUAUCGAGUUGUACAUGGAGAAAUCGGUCCCUUCAGGCUGGUGAGAAUGAGUCAGAAGGAUAUGCAGGCUACUAAAGCCCCUGAGCCAAGCGUGAAAGAAACAACAGAGGUUAAGGAUACAGCUGCGAAAGUGACAAGUUUGCAGAAGCCUGAAGCAGUGAAAGUUGACUUGCCCAGUUUAAAUCCUGCUAGAAUCGAUAGAAAACCUGAAAGCACGGAACGGAAGCUUCCUGCUCCUGCUCCCAAGACCAAGUCAAGUCAACCAAGCCAAGGCAGUGCCGUGCCAGACAUUCUGUCCUGCAUGCUUAAAGACACAACAUCAGAGCAUAAAACUCACCUCUUUGACCUGAAAUGCAAGAUAUGCACAGGCCAAAUGCUUGCUGUGGAAGAGGAGGAACCUGCAAAGAAAAAAAACAAGGUAGUAGCUGUAUCGAGGGAGAAGCGUGAACCACCUUGGAAAAGGUCUGCAGGAGAUGACUCCCCUCUGCGGGCACCACCUGACUCCCCUGACAUGGAUUCUCCAACAUCUUCCAUGGAUACUUCAUCCUGCCUUUUUAUUGACUCACCUGCAUUGACUAUAGUAGAAUCACCUGCUUCCCCUAUAAAGGAUUCUCCCGCAUCUCCUACUUCAGAGUCUCCUGCUUCCCCCAUUAUGGAGUCUCCUGCAUCUCCAACUCCAGACACCUCUAAAGCUACUGCACGAAAGAGAGCAUAUACACCAGUUGUAAUUCCUGCUGUUUCAACGGUAACAAUCACAAGGCGUGAUCCUCGCACUGCAGCCAGCAGGUGCACAGCUUCAUCGAGUAGCACCUCUGGUUACACGAACCCGACCCAUAAACAAGCAGCUCCUUACGCCCCUGUUAAAGAGACUGCAGCCUCGCACUCCCAAAAACCACCACCAAAAACAUUACCCAAAUCUAUCUUAAUGAAGCCAUCUUCCACCUCAGAUCCCAGACUUUAUGGCACAUCCUCAAGGGCCAUGAUUUCUGAAUCCUCAGCUGAUGGCGAGACUGCUCAGUUCCUGGCUAAACAGGACAUACUGUGGAAAGGCUUUGUGAACAUGCUCACUGUAGCCAAGUUUGUUACUAAGGGAUAUCUGGUUUCAGGAUCUGCUGAAAAUCUUAAAGCGGAUCUACCUGAUACCAUACAAAUCGGAGGCCGAAUAAUGCCUCAGACAGUGUGGGACUAUGUUGCAAAACUAAAGACCUCUGUUACAAAGGAGUUGUGUGUGAUCCGGUUUCACCCUGCGACAGAGGAAGAAGAGGUGGCCUAUGUCUCCCUGUUUUCCUAUUUCAGCAGCAGAGGUCGUUUUGGUGUGGUUGCCAAUAACAGCCAUUCGAUCAAGGAUGUAUACCUUGUUCCACUCAGUGCAAAGGAAUCAAUCCCCUCAAUACUACAACCUCUUGUAGGACCAGGGCUUGAAAAAAAUCGUCCAAAUGUUCUUCUGGGUCUAGCAGUUGUCCAGAAGAUAAAACGUUCAGAAAUCUUGCCUCAGGAAUUUGAAGAGAAGAGACCUAAAGUUCAUAUGUCCAAAGACCCUAUGUGGAUCCCAAAACCACCCGUCCUCUAUGGUUCAGACAAAUUGGAGAUAUUCCAACCCUAUGAUCCAGAAACUCCUGCUAGUACCACCCCUCCUGGUUCACCAUCUUGCCCUGGGUCACCAAUAGACUCUUCCACGUCUGGCUCAGUUACCAUAACAUCUCAUUUGACUUGCAUUCAACCUCCUGUUUCAGCCCUUGCUGUGACUCAGUCCACCUCUAAUAGCAUCUCAGAAAACAAUUCUUCAACAGCAUCCAGUAGCAAGACACCCCUACAGACAAUUUUGAAGAGUUUGUUUGGCGGUAAACAGUCUGACUCUGUGGUUACCUCUGAUGGAAGUUCUAACAAAACAGAAAGUGCUAAGAAAACCCCAGUGUUUUCUCAAGUUUCUGGAUCAAUGAUGGAUCCAAUUGUUCAACAGUAUGGGCAGAAAUCCAAAGUCAAGGAGCUCCAGGAAGAGGAAAAUUACUUAGAUCGACCAUAUGACCCAGAGGAGGAGUAUAAUCCAGAAAUGGGUUACAAAACGGUUGCUCCACAAGCAAAAGAAGAAAGAAAUCAAGAUGUUAAGGCAGGUGACAGUGCACUGUCUGGCUCUGUUGAAGAUGAUGUGGCCUAUGAUCCAGAGGAUGAUUCUAUCUUUGAAGAUAUUCAAAGUAAUAUUGCUGUUUCAAAGUCUUCUGUUCCGACUCAAAGGUUAGGUCCUGCUUCAUGCCCAACAACAGCGUCCACUUCUACUUCAGUACAAAUUUCCACUCCAGCGGCAGUAAUGACAAACCUGCCUACUGGCACUGUUGUUGUCUCAGCUGCAACACUGAGUGAGCAACAGCGAAUGCUCGAGGAGCUAAAUAAGCAAAUUGAAGAGCAAAAACGACAGCUGAAAGAGCAAGAGGAAGCCUUACGUCAGCAAAGAGAAGCUGUGGGCAUGUUCAUGGCUCACUUUUCUGUUUCAGACUCCUUGAUGUCUCCACCACAAAAAUCUUCCUCACAACAACCAUCUUUGCAGAGUGGCAUAUUGAAGGCAGAGUCCAAGCAUUCAGAGUCAGCAGGCAAGUCCAGCAACCAUACAGAAAAUGUGGAUAAUACUAAUUUGAACACACAACCAGUUAAGCUAAAAGACACAAGUACUAUCCAAAAUGACACAAAUACUCUUCCAGAGCAAGAUGAAACACAGGAAAAUAUUGAUAAAAGUGACAAAUAUUCUUCUGCUGGAGAGAUAGAAGAUUCUGAUGUGGCUUAUGAUCCUGAGGAUGAAUCACUUUUUAAUGAAAUUCAAGGGGAAGUAUUUGAAGGAGGAAGCAUAAAGACUGGUGAUUCUUUGUUUAGAUUUGGCCGUAGAGCCAGUCACAAGGGUACAUCACCAAAUUCACACCGCAGCAGAAAGCGAAGGUCAUCUCCAAAGAGACGGAGUCAUCGCGAUAGGGGCCACAAUAGAAGUCCUUCAAGAAGGUCACAACACCGUUCCCCUUCACAUUCCCAGAGACAUCGAGACAAGGAUAGACACAGAAGAAGUGAAAGGGACAGAUCAAGACACAGAGUUCGAGACCCAUCUGACCGGCAGGGCCGCCAUCGCAAAGAUCAUACCUCACGCCGACAUUCUCAUGGACGUAGAAGAUCCCCAUCAUCUCCUAGAAAAAAGGAUGGUGCAUCUCUGUCACCAAAACCACUCAAAGGACCCUUCCCAGAAGUCAUUGGGGAAUCAAAACAUGCUCUGCACUCUACCACAUCAUCUUCUACAGUUACAAUUAAAAAGGAUCCAGAUGGACAAGAGGCAGAAUGUGAUCUUGUUGAGAGCCCUGAUAAAGAGCUUUCUCUGUGUUCACAUGAACUUCAUACUGUGAAGCUGGAGAUUUCAGAACCAUCUACAUUUCAGGACCUUCAAAAGAGUUCAGUCAGUAACCUUGAUAACAUAGUUAACCAUUCCUCUGCGCUAGUGGAUGAAAAUUCUCAGCAGAAAACUCUGUUUCAAGACAAAAUUGAAAGCACAGUUCCUCUAAGAGAAAUUGAUCCACCCAUUCGAGAUUCUCCUCAAAGCCCUGAUCCAGAGCCACAGUCUGUAAAACCUGUCAAAAAUGAUAUAAGUGACUCAGAUAUGAUGGAGAAAAUUGGAGAUGCUGAAAGUCAUUGCCCUACCAUUGGUGAUCAAACAACAGUGUCUAGUAAAUUGUGUUAUACUGUUAGAGAUCCACUGUCAAAUGUUAGAGGUGUGGGAUUAAGUAGUGAAAAUAUAGUGAUUCCCAAUAUUUCCAGUCCUAUACCACACAUACAAGACAGAGUUUUAGAUGGUCAAGGGAAACAUAUGAGGGAACAAGGGACGUUUAUGCAGUGUUCUGAGCCAAAUGUUAGACACUCAGUUAUUCAGAAUUGCAAUACUGAUAUAGGUGGUUCAUGGCCAGUGAUGAGAGGUUCUGAAAUGAGGAGUUCUGUCCAAGAUGAAGAAAGUUCCUGUGUCCAAAGAAUCAGUGCAGAAGCAAAAGAGCCCAGCCCUGAUAUGAGACAAAAGCUUGAACAAGCUGUCCCGUGUGUAGACAAGGAUAGGGGAGGUCCACUUAUGAAAGGUCCUCUGUCAGUUAUGUUACAUAAUUCACAAAUGGAAGGCCCAGUUAGCAGGACAGGUGUGAUGAAAAUGGGGACAGAGCAGUCAUUUAAGAGUCCACAAUUAGAAUGUAGGGCUUUGGAUAUUAUUGAAGAUGGUAGAGGCAAAAAUGAUGAAAGAGACUACAGUCCAUCAAGAGUUCAGAGACAAUCAAGGCCCGAUGGCAUCCCAGUCGUAGAAGAAAGCGGACCCCAGAAAAGGGGUUUUCAGCCACAUGGAAAAGAUGGAGGCAUCAGCAAGAUGGGUGGUGGUCAAGAUAGACAUUUUGAUUUAAAUACAUCUGCAAGUUCGGGAGAGAGACUUCUAAGAGCAGAUAGACUAUCCCCAGCAGUUGAAAGACUGGGCCCACCAAGAGGGCAAGAGAUACACUUGAGAGGAGCAGAGUCAAUCUUAGAUUGUAAAAGUCAUACGUCUAACAUGCCUUACACUGAACAAGAAAUCCCACGAUCAGAUGUAAGGGCUGAAAGAAGUAUGCGUGGUCUUGAAUUCAGAGAUUCAGAAACUAUGCAUGACAUAAAAAAAACAGAUAUGAGAGGAAGAGACCAUUUCCGUUCUUGUGGAGACAUUGGAAACCUAGACCCAAAUUUGAGAGAUGCUGAUACACAGGGUAUGAAUAGACAGAGUACAUGGCUAGAGAGGACAAAUGAACAAAUAGGUCAAGAAGACAGAGAAAUUUCAAACAACACAAAUCCAGGUUGGAGAUGUCCAGGACCAAGAGUUACUGAUCCUAAUGUGACAUCUCAGUUGAGUCAGAAUAAAAAUCAGGGUCCACACAUGAGAGAUCCAGAUUGGAAUGCCCCUGGAACAGAUGUAAGAAACAAUUGGAGAGGGUCAGAUAGGAGAGGAUCAGGUCCAGUGAGAGGAGAGUCAUUUAUACAAGACGACUGGAGACUUCAACAAUCAGACAGGAGAGGGCCCAACUUUGAGAUCCAGGGUCACAACAGAAGACCUGCUGGAAGCUUAGAAUUUAGACAGCCAGAGUCUGAAAUAAGAGGUCCCAAUUUGGAUGCCCCAAGGCAUGAUAAUAGGGGACCAAGUGGUCCAGAUAUCAGAGGGAAAGGACCUGACAGGAGAGGACCAGAAGGUCCAGAUAUCAUGGGACCUGAAAGGAGAGAGCCAAUUAUGGGCAAUCAGGGAUCUGGCCUGAGAGGACCAGGGGAUCAAGAGUUUGUCAGCCCAGGACUUGGAAGAAAAGGUUUAGCUGCUCAGAGUCCUGACCCUGGUAGAAGAGGACCUAUAGGUCCUCAUUUCAGAGUAUCAGGACCUGAAAGGAGAUAUUCGGGUAUGGAGGGUCAAGGACCCGAUAAGAGAGGACCUCCAGGUCACGAUAAUAGGGGGCCGUGGCCAGAAAGGGGAGGACCAGAUAUGAUUGGUCCAGGGCCUGAUACCAGGGGAUCAGGAGGACCGGGACCUGAAAGGAGAGUUCCAGGUAUGGAAGGCUCUGGCAUUGACAGGAGAGGACUUGAAGGUCCAGAUUUUAGAGGACAUUGGCCUGAAAGCAGAUGCUUAUCUGUGGAAGGUCCUCAAUUUGAAAGAAGACCUAGAGGAAAAGAAACCAGAAGAGCAGAGUGUGAGGGAAAAUUUUCUGUUGAACAUCCUGGGCAUGAGAAUAGAGGACCUGGAGAUUUUAGGGCACCCCGGACUGAAAGCAGAGGCUUAUUCAUGGACUGCCCCGGGUCUGAAAGGAUAGGAUUUGGAGGUCCAGAUUUCAGGGAGCCAGGACCUGAUAGCAGAGGUUCUGCAGUGGGUAGUGUGAGGCUAGACAGAAGAGUGUCAGGAGGUCCAGAUUUUAUUAGGCAAGAAAAUGAAAUGCGGGGAACGUCUAUGGACAGCCAAAACCAAAAGCCUGACAUGAGAGGACCAAGAGGUCCCGAUUUCUGUGGUCCAGGGUCAAAUAGGAGAAGUCUGUCCAUGGAUGGACCAGGAAGUCAAGGUUCUGGUGGACACGAUUCUGACAGAAGAGGGCCAUAUAUGGGUGGUGCUGAGCUGGAUUACGUAAGACUUGGGUCUGAAAGAACUGGUCCAGAUAUGGAAGGCCCAGGGCCUCACAGUAGAGGGCAUGGAGGUCCACACUGGGAUUGUGGGACAGAAAGUGGACAUCCAAAUAUGGCAGGUAUGGGUCCAGGUAGGAGAGGUCCUGACUUGAUUGAGCCAUGGAUGGAAAGACCAGGUUCUGGCAUGGACAUUCCAAUGCUCAGCAGAAAAGGUCCUGUAGGUUCAAAAAUGGUGAGACCAGGGCCACAGCAUGCUGGUCCACCUAUUAUGGGCCAAGAGGCUGACUGUAGAUUUACAGAAGGUCCGGCUUUCACGGAAUCUAGGCCAGACAGAGGACCUCCAGCUAUAGCAAGCCCACAUUCUGAUAGGAGAGGUCCACAAUUCGGAGGAAUGGGAGCAGACAGACCUGUUCCGGGGGUUCAGUGGCCCAUUAGGAAGGGUCCAGAUUGUAGAGGAUCUGGUUGUGAAAGUAGAGGUCCAGACCCUGAAGGUCCAGGCCCAGAUAGAAAAGAACAAGGAGGCUCAAUCUUUAGGGGAGGACCUGGGUCUGUAAGUAGAGGUCCAGAUUUGGAGGGCCUAGGACCUGAUAGAAGAAGACCAGGUGUUCCAGACUUUAGAGGGACAGGUAUUAAACACCAAGGUCCCAAUAUAGAAGGUCCGCAUUAUGAUAGAAGAGAUGACUGGAGAGGGUCGGAAUCUAUUCAAGAAAUUCCAAAUCUAGAGGUCCCAGGAUCUGUUGGAACGCGCCAAAACUUUAAGGGUUCAAGGUCUACAAGGAGAGAUCCUAGAGGGCCAGACUUCCGGGGGUUUGCACCCGAGACCAGAGGCAUGGACACUGAUGACAAAUGGUCAGAUAGAAAAGGUCCUAUUAUGGAGUCCUUAGAAAUUGAAAGAGGAUGUCCCGGAGAUGAUUGGGAAAGCUAUAGAGGUAAUUCCGGUCCUAUUCAAGAAGGUCCAGGUAAGCUGGGCCAAGAACAUAAUAGGCAAGGUCCUCAUAAUAACUGGAGAGGCCCUGAAAAUAGGGAGACAAAACCCAUACAGGAAAGAAGAAAUAGGCCAUUUCCUACAAGUGGUCCUGGAGAUGAUUGGAAUGGUCCAGGUUGCAGAGGUCCUGGGCCAAUUCAGGGUGAUCCAGAUAUGGUGUUUCCAGCACCCAUGAAGAGAGGAGAUGGGGGUCCCUUUUGCAGGGGGGAAAGAGGUCCAAACAAAAGAGGACAAGGCUAUGGUAGAGGUCAAGGUAGAAAAUUAGGGCCAGAUAUGCAAGGGAAUGACGAGAGGCAGCCAGACUUCAAGGGGAGUAUGAGAGGCCCAAACAUGGAAGGACCUGGGGUCCACAGAAGUGACCCAGACUUGAUGUAUUCACAUCCAAACAGGAGGGAAUAUGAGAUGGAAGGCCUUGAUAGGAGAGGCCCAGGAGGUCCAGACUUAGGACCACCAGGACUUGGAAACAGAAAUUCAAAUAUUGGAGGUCCAGGAUGUGAUGGAAGAGUUUCAGAUUAUGGAGAUCUAGGACCCGAAAUGAGAGUAGAUAUGGGACUUCCUGGGCAGGGGUUUGAGCAUGAGUUUAGAAAAGAAAGACGAGGUUCAAAAAUAAGACGACUAGAUCCCAAUAAAUCAGAUGUAUAUAGUGAUCCAUAUUUGACACCAGCCGAUAGGUCCCGUGGCCCAGAUGCACACAAUGGUGGAAAACCAUUCCCUGAUUUUGACAACCCACAAAAUCAGAAAACUGCAAAACCCCAAAGACACAGAGGUGCCUUACUUCCCACUCCAACAGAAGGUCUCAUACGUUUCCCAAAUCAACAAUUUGGCCAUCCAACAGACACGGGCCAAAGUAGAGGUAGACCAUGGAAUCGUCAAAGUGGUUCCUUCAGAGGCCGGGGCCGAGGCCCUGUAGGUCCUGCUCGUAGAAUGCGCUCACCUGGAGGGGGAGGAGAAGAAGCCAAUGAACAUGGCAGUGAAAAUGAUAAAUAGGAGAUGACAAUGCAUCUGUAGAUAAUAAAACCACCCAGAGUGGUGAAAAUUAAAACAACACUGAUCUGAACACAGGCAAGACAUCCUAAUAUACAGACCAUUCGGAACAGAAAUUAUGAUGAACAAAACUCUCAAAAAGGCUCAGCUUUAUCACGCUGGCUAGAUACCCUGAACCAUAACACCCAUUGAAUGUAUUGUUUCCUCUAGAGCGCUUGUUAAAAGCCAUUCAAAAAGAUUUGACAUUGUAAUGCUACAUGAAAGACAUAGAGGCAUUGGCCCUUUUGUCCUAGUUUGAUUUGUUGUCUUCUAAGUAGAGGUGUUUAUAUUUGUUUUGUUUUUCUGAUUAUGACAUAAGGACUUAAAUGUAACUGAUCAGUUGUAAAUUGACCACCAUGUGUAUUUCUAGUUGGAAAAAGUCAUGUUUUGUACAGAAAAUGUAUAGUUUUUGUUUAUUUUUUAACAUUGCCAUAGUGUCAGUAAAGUAGGCUUUGUUUAGUUUCUUUUCCUUUGCUGAUUAAAAAAUGUCUAUUCAUUGUUCUUUUAUUGUACAAGAAGUCAAUAAAGUGACAUAUCUUUUUAAAUUCCUA